AUGUACCUUACUUAUGCUGAAGACAAUGGCGGAGAAGACCUGAAUGGGUUGAUCGCACCGGACAUCAGGGCCGAAGUGGAGGCCACCAUAACCAUCGAUGAAUUGGGAAAGAUGUUUAACGAGUUGUUGCAAAACAUCGAGGGCAAUCGGCACAACCUGAAGGCCUGCCAGGACUGUAACACAUCGAUCACAUUCGGCCGAAUGCUCGUCCAAUCGCCGGAUCUGAUCAAAUCGCUGGCGCCAACCAUUUGCAAGUCCGUCACGUACUCGACCCGCGUAUGUGUGGGAAUGUUGGAGCGUAUGUCCGAACCGUUGGCCACACUAUUUCAACGCUCAAAGAUCACGACCCCUGAAAUGUGUGCCACACUCUUGUCGCCCGACUGUAUGACACUGUUUGGCCUACCGUUCACUCAUAACAUCAAUUGGGUGUUACCACUGCCUAAACCCAAACCAUUCGCACCGAAAGUGGGAUCCGAUAAACAGCUAAAAAUGGUUCACUUGACUGACGCUCACUUGGAUUUAUGGUAUACUCCGGGCUCUAACUCGACGUGUAGUGAACCGGUUUGCUGUCGGUCCACAUCUCCCGGCGAUAACAGCCAUAGGGCUGGCUAUUGGUCGCAAACAAAGUACUCGUGCGACUGUCCGCUCACUUUCGCCCAAAACUCGAUCCAACAAAUCGGUGACAAACAUAAAGACAUAGAUUUGGUGAUCUGGACGGGAGAUAACAUACCCCACGACGUCUGGAACACCACCAAAGAGGUCAAUAUACAGCACAUCCGGGCCAUGACUGACGCCAUGAAGAAGGCAUUCGCCGACAAACCACUGUUUCCCUGUCUCGGCAAUCAUGAGGCGCAUCCCAUUAACUUGUAUGUGCCCAACAGUCUGUCCAUUGAAACCCAGGGUAAGGUCUCUAUGGGAUGGCUGUACGACACUCUGGCCGACGAUCUCUGGUCCCAAUGGAUAGACACCGCGGAGGCGAAGAAGACCUUCAAAAAGGGCGGCUAUUAUUCAAAGAGAUUCAGCGAUAAACUGAAAGUCGUUGUCAUGAAUAACAACGUCUGUCAACACGAAAACUAUUACAUCGCUUACGAUCCCAUCGAUCCGGACGGACAGCUCCAGUGGCUCAUCGACGAGCUCGACAGGGCUGAGGCCGAUAGCUCGUAUGUUAUGCUAUUAGGACACAUUCCGCCGCACGAAUGCUAUACCUCGUGGUCUAAUAACUACUUUCGGAUUGUGGAGAGGUAUCAACACGUGAUUGUGAGCACGUAUUUCGGUCACACACACGUCGACGAGAUUAUUGUUUUGUAUAAUAAAGAUCUCGAUACUAAUGGCACGUAUGCUAUAUCUCAUGGCUAUAUCGGCGCCAGUCUUACCACUUAUUCGCUGCUGAAUCCCGGCUACAGAAUAUUUACGUUAGAUAGCAAUGGAAAGCCUUUGGAUUUUGAUAUAUUCUACACGAAUGUAACCGAAGAUAACAUUUCUGGCCAACAAAUAUCGCCGAAAUGGGAAACAGAUGUGUCGGCCAAACGAGUCUAUGGUAUGGACUCUUUGACCACAGAAUCGUGGGAUCUAUUCAUGACAAGAGCCAAAACCGAUGAUAAACUCGUUGAGAGUUAUAUCAAUCAUUACCACAGAUUCAGUGAUGAUUACAUUCAAGAGAAGACCAAAUCCGAGACACUACCAUUUGGUUUGGGUUUUGAAGACAAUGAACCGCAAAAAUGGUGGCAAAAGACCCACAGAAGACACAUCACUCCCGAGGCGGCGACUGUCAGACAAAACCAACCGUACACUCUUAUAGACACCGAUAACCAGUGUCUGCGCGGCGACGGCGGCGACGGUCAGCGCCGCGAAUUGAACGCCCAUUCGGGACAACAAUGUGUGGCUAACGGACACCGUGACCUCAUUGUAGCCGAUGUGGGCCUUCAGCGGCGUGUCUUCGAUGUCGUCCAGCGGUUGUCCGGCGGGAAUCAGUCGGAAGCGCCGCACGUAUCGCACGAUAUUCUUCUGGAUCUUGUAGUCGACGCCCGGAACCCUCUCUCCCAGAACACAGUGAACAGAUAUGGACAGCAAUACAAUCUUCAGAUCGUCGCCCGAGUGGCGGCACUCGACGGUCUUGAGGGGUGGAAGCGCUGUGAGACGCCAUUGAUAUAUCAGCAAAUCAACGACCGGUCCCAUUGUCUGGUCAUUGGAUUACUUACCAACGCUUUGGUGAUCAGUAGUGAAGAACUCGAUAUCAAUGGUAACGCCAGUGAGUAUAGUAUCCAUGGAUUCUUUGGCCAGACUUGUCUGCACUCGCAUCGGAUCCGUUCGUUGUCUUCGACGGGUUUGCAGUACUUGUUUGAUCCAUACGAGUUCUUCACACUAAAUGAUUGGCUGUCGAGCAACGGAUCCGUUGAUAUCUCAAGAGUUACCACUUUGGGAUCAAAAUUCAAGUCUUUCAUCAGCACCUGUUUGUCGGUCUCGUCCGGCGAUAUCAUAGCAACGGUUCCGUUAAUCGCGAACCGAUGGCCACCAGUCAUGGGCCGAACGCGUGAACGGCUGACCACCGAAAGACAGCUCAAGAACGCCAUUACCGGACAAAUUGCGGACAGAUUUGCACGAAAUGUAUUCAUAGAGAUAGUGGUCGUCGUCCGACAGGUAGACAGUUGUGGCCGCGAAGUCGUGUCCGCCCGGAACCAGCGCUCGACACGCGUCGGGCGUCAGAUGAAACCCUUCCGAAUGGUCGCUGUCUUUGUGGUUCGCGCGGAUCCGUUGCAACAGUGGAUAUAUGCGAUCACCAAAGUUGUAAUGAUAACCGCAUAA